AAAUGUUUUUAGUCUUAGCGACAAGAAAAAGAAAAUUGUUACAUUCUGAACUUGUUAAAAAUAUCACUUUCAAAACAUUGAAGACCUUUUUGAAAUGCUUAUUAUUCACAAAAUGAAAAUUCAAAAUCAGAAAAAGAAUUUCUUAAAUAUUUCAUAAACUGCUAAAAAAUUUGGGAAUCAUUCAUAUAUUUAAAUUUUGGCACUAAAUCAAGGAGAUUUUCAAAGUCACUAACAACUUUUGAAGAGACUUCGGAUUCUGAUAUGCAGAAUAUCGGAUCAAAUGCAGAUAUAACUGAAACUACUAAUAGCACCAUUUUUCCUUCCUCAAAAUGCCAAUCAUUGGACGAUCUAUCAAUUUCAAAGGAGCAGUUGUACGAACUGAAACAUACCAUCUCGGAAUUGGAAAAAACUAUUCUAGUGAAAGAUUCUCAAAUGGAAUAUAUGCAACGUAACAAUAAAAGAUUAUCAGAAGAACUGAAGAAGCAGCACAGGAUCAACAGGAAUGUAAAACAACAGCUGGAUGAUGAGAGAUUCUUUUAUCAAAAGGAGAAGGAUCACUUUAAUGAGGAAAUGCAAAACCACAGAGAAAAGUACCUUGGAGGUUCUUCAAAGUAUCAUCGUCUUGAAUUCGAAAGAAUAAAAGCUCUUUUGGAAGAAGAAAAUAAAAAGUUAAAGGACGAAUUAUUUGAAAAAAAGCAAACUACAUAUAAUUUAUGCGUCAAAUUUUUAAAAAUGAAACACGAGAGAGAUUCUUUUCGCGAAAAAUUAGAUAACUUAACGAAAGAGCAUUUACAAGUGAUGGCUGAAAUGAUGGAAAAACUUGAUGAGGCAAGAGAGGAACUUAAUAUAAUAGUGUCCAUAAAAUUUCAAGAUCCACUGCCUAUAAGUAAAGCAAAAUAUCUUCAGAUUGUGAAAAGAAAUUGUCGCCUAGUACAUGAGAAUGCAACACUAAAAUUGCAAGUUCAACAUUUAAUCCAAAUUGUUGAGAAAUUUAGAAAUGAAUCACAAAAAUUGAAAACUGUAGAUAUCGAUGUCAAAAGCAUAGAAAAAUUAAUAGAGCGUCAUCGCAGGUCCCGUCGUCCGCUAGAUUCUGAGAUGACUUUAAGACUGCCGUCUAGGGACAAAAUCGAGACGCGUAAGUCUUCGGAUAUGGAAGCUUGUCGAGCCGUCGACCAAUCGGGUGAUGCUAAGUUGAUAUCGAAACUUCGAGCGAAAAAUUGUAAUACAUUUAUGAAGAUGGAAAUGGAUACUCUUUCAAAAUCUAAUAAUAAACUUUUUGUGGUACCGGAAACUUCAUGCACUCAAAGUUCUCCUGCACUACCGACUUCUACCAUCCAGCAAUAUCAUUUUGUUUUGGAAUCUGGAAAUGUAUUUGAAAAAAACGUGGAACUAAAGAAUAUGGCGACAAAUACGUAAAAAAAUAUUUUCACGGAAGAUAAUUCAUAUUGAAAGAAAAUGAUCAAAGAAGAUUUUGUUUUCAUUCUAUAAAACAAUUUAAUAUUGUUUAACUCAUUUAAUUUUGAUCACA